UUGGAAUAUUUGCAGGACUAACCAGGGUGGCAGGACUGUCCGCCUGUGAGGAUUGGCCAUACAUACCUAUGGUAUUAUCCUGGACAAUACCAGCAAUCUAUAGGAGAACGGUUCGAAGUAAUAUAGUAGUUAGUGAUCCUAGAAAUAUAUUAGGAGAACAAAAACUAAUUGUAAAAAAGCUCGAUCAUAUCAAUAAGUUUAACCAAUUUGCCCACGUCGCGUUCAAUGCUCUUUUUUCGAUUGGAGUUCCUUGGAUAUCAGUGCUCAUAGCCUACUUCAUACCUCCAAUUUCAUAUGG